AUGGGAGACCUCCCUACUCUGAUUAUCAUCGUUGUUGCUGUACUAGCUGCGCUCCUAGUGAGAGCUAGAUGGUUUCGCCGUGCCGCUGCUUUUCCAUUACCUCCUAGUCCUCCCGGCUACCCUAUCAUCGGUAACCUUCUUGAUGUUCCGAAGCGGGAUAUGGAGCCAGCGUUCCGUGAUUUAACUGCGAAGUAUGGAACAUACUUUUCGGAGGCAAUGUAUAUCACUGACGUUGUGUUUGGCCUCAGGACAGGGUGGACGUGGCUAUUCUCGGUCAAUGGUUACGGCCCCCAGUGGAGGAAGACGAGACGCCUUUUUCAUGAGUAUAUGCACCCAAACGCCGUUCUCCGCUACCGUCCAAUUCAAGAACGGGAGGCCUGUAAAUACCUACUUCGGGUUGUAGAAGAUCCCAAGAAUUUCCUUCACCAUGGGCGACACUUAUUUGGUGCCAUAACUAUCCGAGUGGGUUACGGCAUUGAUGUAGACGAGCACAAGGACACGGACUACCUAGGUAUCGCAGAGACAGCUAUGGCCACAUUCUCUUUGGCCUUCCUUCCCGGAAAGUAUCUGGUCGAGCCAUUCCCAAUCCUGCGAUUCCUUCCAUCUUUCAUGCCUGGAGCGGGUUUCAAGCGGGAAGCCGCGGAAUGGUACCCGAUUGUCCGAAAGAUGCGAGACCUACCAUGGGAGGCUGCUAUGUCUGCUUUGCGUGAGGGUUCCCCUGUGCCCUCGAUGGCCAGUGGCUUGCUUGAGCGCAUGUCUCAUCUCGAUGAAGAAGCUGCAGUUGAACAGGAGGAGUGGUCGAAGAAUGCCAUCGCAUCUGCUUACGCCGGCGGUGCCGACACGACGCUCUCUACACUCCAGACAUUUUACAUUGCUAUGGCCUCCUUCCCGCAAUUCCAGAAACGUGCGCAGGCCGAACUCGAUACCGUUGUCGGGCCACAUCGCCUUCCCACGUUCGCAGACAAAGACAAUCUUCCCUACGUAACUGCGGUCAUCAAAGAGUGCUUCCGCUGGCGUCCCGUGGUGCCGCUUGCCCUCGUUCACUACUCAAUAGAGGAAGACGAGUACGGCGGUUACCGUAUUCCAGCGCGUUCUGCAGUGGUAUGCAAUCCAUGGGCGUAUGUCAGAGAUCCAAGAAUAUACCAAGACCCGGAGGCAUUCAACCCAGAGCGUUUCCUCAAAGAUGGUAGACUAGAUCAUAACGUCCAAGAUCCAGCUACCAUAGUCUUCGGCUACGGACGAAGGAUUUGUCCGGGUCGUUACUUCGCCGAGGGAUCCGUCUAUGCGGCUGUGUCAAGGAUCUUACAUACCAUGUCGAUUGAAGCGCCCCUCGACGAGCACGGUCAGCCUAUUUGCCUCGCCGACCGAGUGAAAAUGACCCAUGGUGUCAUCUCAUAUCCAGAGCCUUUCGACUGCGUCAUCAAGCCUCGUUCUCCGGAAGCUGAGAUGCUGAUUCGUACAUCUUGUAGCGAAGACGACCCGACAGCCGCCUAA